AUGUUUAUUAGAUUUACUAACAUUGUCAACGCUUUAGAAGGACUUCGAAAAGAAUAUUCAAAUCUUGAGAAGGUAAAGAAGCUCUUAUGGUCAUUGCCUAAAAAAUGGGAGCCUAAAGUCACCAUCAUUCAAGAGGCAAAGGAUCUCAAGACUCUCUCCAUGGACGAACUCAUUGGUUCAUUGAUGACGCAUGAGAUAAAGAUCAAGAAAAACAUGGAGGAUGAGAAGAAAAAGAAAGAUAAGAGCAUAGCAUUAAAGGCAAUCACCUUGGAAGUUGACUACGAAGGUGAGAAUACCCUUGAUGAAGAUGAUGUGGCAUAUCUCUCACGUAAAACCGAUUGUCCUCUUCUUAAAUCAUCCAAGAAAUCCAAGAAGAAAGCAAUGAAGGCUACUUGGGAUGAUAGUGAUGAAAGUGGAAGUGAAAGUGAGAAUGAAGAAGUGGCCAACUUUUGCUUCAUGGCUCAUAGUGACAAAGAGGAUGAACAAGAUGAUGAGGUAAAUCUUGACCCCCUUUCUUAUGAUGAGUUGUUUGAAGCUUUUGAGAAUAUGCAAAAUAAUUUAGAAAAACUUGGUUCUAAAUAUGUUAUGCUUAAAACGAAAUGCAAUGUCUCAACUAGUGAAAAUAAGUCUUUACGUGAUGAUAUUGCUUGCUUAAAGAAAAAUGAGCAUGAUGUUGAUAAUUUGAUUAAAUUGCUUAAGAAAAAUGAAUCAGAUGCUUUAGUGGAACUUGAUAAGGCUAAAGAUUUUAUUAAACAAUUAACAAUAGGUGCUCAACGGUUGGAUAAGAUAAUUGAARUAGGUAAACCUUAUGGUGAUAAAAGAGGUUUAGGCUAUAUCAAUGAAUGCGCUACUCCCUCAAGUUCUAAAACUAUCUUUGUUAAAGCAUCUCCUAAUAUGCCUAAGCUUGUUGCACCUAAGGUUUGUUUGAAAGCUUCCAAGAAAAGUAAGUGGUACUUGGAUAGUGKUUGCUCRAGGCACAUGACGGGAGACCAAUCCAAGUUUGUCACUUUCUCCAAAAAKGAUGGAGGUUUUGUAACCUUUGGUGAUAACAAGAAAGGUAAAAUAAUAGGUAAGGGUAGUAUAGGUAAUGAAUCUUCUAUUUUGAUUGAAGAUGUACUUUUGGUUGAUGGUUUAAAGCAUGAUUUACUUAGUAUUAGUCAAUUGCGUGAUAAAGGAUUUAGAGUUGUGUUUGAUAAAAAGAAUUGCAUCAUUGAAAAUGCUAGUGGUAGAAAAGUUUUAUUUGUUGGAAAUAGAGAUGAAAAUGUGUAUACUAUUAAUUUGAAUGAUUGUCCUAUUAGUGAUAAAUGUUUAUCGGUCUUGCAUGAUGAUUCUUGGUUAUGA